AUGCAUCAAGACAUUGCACCACGGAAUUUGCUUAUCGACCCCGAAACAGACAAGAUUAUUCUCUUCGAUUUCGAUUGGGCCACCAAUGAGAAGGAAGGUCUACUGGAUAGUCGAGACGAUGUGUCUGGGGUUGUCUUCACGCUAUACGAGAUCAUCACGAACGAUUCACAUCCCACGAGCAUUCCUCACCGGGACCGAAAUAUAGACAUGUUCCGCAAGUUUCUGAAUGAAUGGAUAAUGUCGAGAACGGAGAAAGCCAAAGAACAAUAUUUCAAUGCACCCAAGCGGCUUACAUGGCCGGAUCUCCCAACCCCUCCAGACUACAGUGUGCCCUUUGAGCUGGGUUGGACAGAGGAAGGGGAAACUGUUUGGCAAACGGCUGAUGACUUCAAGAUUGCUCAGGUAACAUAA